AUGGCUGCAACCCCGAGAUACUUGGCUCCCCUGUCGAGGGGAGUACUGUCUUUCUCCCUACGACCCCAGGUCAUAGCUCCAUCCUUUAUAUGCCCUCUCCAACAACAGCAACGAUAUGCCUCAAAGUCGUCCAAGUCGAAAGACUCCAAGCCCAAGAAGAAGAAGCCAAUGUAUACCCAAUAUGACAUCCGAGAUGCAAUCCAAUUUUCACUAUGCGAUGCCAUGAGAUAUCUUCGCGCAUUCGAAGCAGGCCGGAAUACUUCCUCCGUCAAGUAUGAAGUCCAUGUCAAAUUACGCACAAAACGAGACGGCCCCGUGAUUCGAAAUCAGAUACGUCUUCCGCAUGCAGUUCGGUCCGAUCUGCGAGUCUGCGUUAUAUGUCCACCAGGAUCUCGUGCCGCAAAGGAAGCCAAAGCUGCUGGUGCCGACAUCGUUGGUGAAGAGGAAGUUUUCAACUCUAUCAAGGCAGGAAAUAUUGACUUUGAUGUCUGUAUCUGUCACACCAACAGUUUGCCUAGUCUGAAUAAGGCCGGUUUGGGCCGAGUACUGGGUCCCAAGGGCUUGAUGCCUAGCGCGAAGCUGGGCACCGUUGUCGACAAUGUUGCUACCACUGUAAGAAAUAUGCGUGGAGGCAGUAUUUACAGAGAAAGAUCUGGUGUCGUCAAGUUGGCAAUUGGUCAAUUGGGCUUCUCUCCUGAAGAACUCAAGAACAACCUGGGUGCUUUUAUUGCUGCAAUCAAGAAAGAUGCGGCUGGAAUGUCAGACCAAAUAUCCAAGGAUAUUGCCGAAGUUGUAGGUUUUCUCAUUCUUCCCUUCUUUCCCCUUGCUCGAGUUACUGCUUGA